UAGCGGCACUAAAGGAGAAGUGGCGGCUCCCCGACUGAGAUUCUCCGCGGAAAAGAGAAAUAUCGACUUUUGGAGGUCAGGUGACAGGAAGUGGACCCUGAGGACAAGAUCACAUGUUGCCUUUUGGGAGGAGGUCAGUGCCUGGGUGCCGGCGGGGGAAGGGACGGCGGGGGUCUCCUCACCAUGAGGUCACUCACACUUUGAGGGCGUCAGCCAUGUUGGAGACAGCCGGAGAAACCUUUUGAGUCCUCGGGGGAGCGCGAGGGCGGUGCACCCCCCCUCCCCCCCUUUGUCUCCCACCAUGUCCAACGGCAGCCUCCCGCUGGAGAACGUCUCCAACAACUGGAGCUGCAGCAAGAACGACGGCUUCAAGUACCCGCUGUACGGCAGCGUCUUCAGCCUGGUGUUCGUGGUGGGCCUGGUCACCAACGUGGCCGCCAUCUACAUCUUCACCUGCUCCCUCAAGCUGAGGAACGAGACCACCACCUACAUGAUGAACCUGGUGCUGUCCGACCUGCUCUUCGUCUUCACGCUGCCCCUGAGGGUCUUCUACUUCAUCAACCGCAGCUGGCCCUUCGGCAGGGUCCUGUGCAAGGUGUCCGUCUCGCUCUUCUACACCAACAUGUACGGCAGCAUCCUCUUCCUCACCUGCAUCAGCGUGGACCGCUUCCUGGCCAUCGUGUACCCCUUCCGCUCCAGGACGCUGCGGACCAAGCGCAACGCCAAGAUGGUGUGCGUGGCCGUGUGGGCGCUGGUGCUGUCGGGCAGCCUGCCCACCGGCUUCCUGUUGGGCACCACGUCGCCUGAGGUGAACCGCACCAACGCCACCUACUGCUUUGAGAACUUCUCCUCCUACCAGUGGAAGGUCCACCUGUCCAAGGUGGUGAUCUUCAUCGUGACGGUGGGCUUCAUCAUCCCGCUGCUGCUCAACGUGUGCUGCUCCAUCAUGGUGCUGCAGACGCUGUGGCGACCCCACAAGCUGAGUCGCGGCGGCAAGCUGAACAAGAGCAAGAUCCUGCGCAUGAUCGCCGUGCACCUGUCCAUCUUCUGCUUCUGUUUCAUCCCCUACAACGUCAACUUGGUCUUCUACUCGCUGGUGCGCACCAAGACGCUCAAGGGCUGCUUCGUGGAGUCGGUGGUGCGCACCAUCUACCCCAUAGCGCUCUGCAUCGCCGCCUCCAACUGCUGCUUCGACCCCAUUGUGUACUACUUCACCUCCUCGACCAUCCAGAAUUCCUUCAAGAAGAAGUCUCAGGCGGACCAGCGUGAGUUCUGCCAGCACCUGCGCUCGGAGUCCAACUCCAACCUGCAGUGCAGCCUGAAGAACCUCAAGGCCAAAGUUCUUUACAACGAGUCUUCAGUGUGACAACUCUCUGACCGUUUGACGCCACACCACUUUCAUGGAACUUUGGAUCUCAAGACCAGCUUGAAUCCUCCGUUGUGGAAUUUACAAAGAGCCGGAAGGAAACGUGGCUGAAGUCUUUGCUACUGAACUGAAGUCUAGUUGGAAUUUCCGAGUUCCUAGUCGGAAGUUUCAACCGGACACCCUUUGAGGUCGGAUUUCCUACUCUGAAUGUUUUUCAAAGUUCAAAGCCAAAGUUCUUCACAACUCUCUGACCAUUUGUGGCAACUUAUGAUUUGCGAGGCUGGCUUGAAUCCUCCGUUUUGGAAUUUACCGUCAUUGUGGGAAAGAGCCGGAAGGGAACGUGACUGAACUGAAGUCUAGUCGGAAUUUCCGAGUUCCCAGUCGGAAGUUUCAACUGGAAAGCCCCUUGAGGUCGGAUUUCAUCGGUUGGUGGGAACUUUGGAUUUGCGAAGCCUGCUUGAAUCCUCCGUUGUGGAAUUAACCGUUACUGCAGGAAAAAGCCUCAAGGGAACGUGACUGAACUGAAGUCUUUGCCACUGAACUGAAGUCUUUGCUGCAUGUGUGUAGUUUGUGUGUUGGUCACAGUGUAAUGGUGCAUUCCAUUUGUACUGGGAAGUCGGAAUUUCCGAGUUCCUAGUCGGAAAUUUCAACUGGACACUCCUCGAGGUCGGAUUUCCUACUCUGAAUGUUUUUCAAAGUUCAAAGCCAAAGUUCUUCACGAGUCCUUGGUGUGACAAGUCUCUGACAGUUUGUGGGUGUUGGCGACACACCACGUUCAGGGAAUUUUGGAUUUAUGAAAAGCCUCAAGGGAACGUGACUAAACUGAAGUCUUUGCCACUGAACUGAAGUCUUUGCUGCAUGUGUGUAGUUUGUGUGUUGGUCACAGUGUAAUGGUGCGUUCCAUUUGUACUGGGAAGUCUGAAUUUCCGAGUUCCUAGUCGGAAGUUUCAACUGGACACUCCUCGAGGUCGGAUUUCCUACUCUGAAUGUUUUUCAAAGUUCAAAGCCAAAGUUCUUCACGAGUCCUCGGUGUGACAAGUCUCUGACAGUUUGUGGGUGUUGGCGACAUACCACGUUCAGGGAAUUUUGGAUUUAUGAAAAGCCUCAAGGGAACGUGACUGAACUGAAGUCUUUGCCACUGAACUGAAGUCUUUGCUGCAUGUGUGUAGUUUGUGUGUUGGUCACAGUGUAAUGGUGCGUUCCAUUUGUACUGGGAAGUCGGAAUUUCCGAGUUCCUAGUCUGAAGUUUCAACUGGACACUCCUCGAGGUCGGAUUUCCUACUCUGAAUGUUUUUCAAAGUUCAAAGCCAAAGUUUUUCACGAGUGCUCAUGUGACGACACUUGCCAUUAGUGGCGGUUCGACGCCACACCACUUUCAGGGAACUCUCACUUUGCAUUUAUGAGGCAUGCUUGAAUCUUCCGUUGUGGAAUUUGCCGGAAGGGAACGUGACUUAACUGAAGUCUUUGCCACUGAACUGAAGUCUUUGCUGCACGUGUGUAGUUUGUGUGUUGGUCACAGUGUAUUAGUGCGUUCCAUUUGUACUGGGAAGUCGAAAUUUCUGAGCCCCGAGUCGGAAGUUCCAACGGUAACGACCCUCGAGGUUGGAUUUCCGACUCGAAAAGUUCAAAGCCAGAGUUCUUCACAACGAGUCCUCGGUGUGACAACUCUCCGACCCUUUGUGGCGGUUGAACGCCACACCACCUUCAGGGAACUCCCACUUUGCAUACACGAGACUUGCUUGAAUCCUCCCUUGUGGAAUUCACCGCCAUUGCGGGUAAGAGCCAGAAGGGAACCAGACUGAACUAAAGUCUUUGCCAAAUGUUUGUAGUUUUCAACCGGAACGGCCCUCGAAGUUGGAUUUCCUACUCGGAAAGUUGGAGGGUUUUCACCAUCUCCGAGUUGGCUUCAAAGAAUGUAAACAAUAAACUAAGCUUCUAUAAUAUCCGUUAUUAGCACUUCUGACCACUAAAUCAGUCAUGUUGGUGUACGUUUAUACGUAACGUUAAUGUAAAGUACGGUUAUUUCGUGUGGUAUACACGCUCUGCAUCGCUAGCAAUAGCAUCUGUUUCCGUUGUAAAUUGUUUAUUUUCAGACAAGGCAAGCGCAAAAAUAGCUUUUGUGAUCUUGAUUUCCGACCUCAUAACCGCAACUCUCCGACUUCAGACUUCCCAGGUAAAUGGAACGCAGCAAUAGCUCCCGCGGUUCCUCCACCCGAGGGGAGCCUCUUUGGAGGUCUGAGGGCUCCCCCCUGAACCAUUGCUGUGUCUCAAAUAAAGCCAUUGCACCAGACUUUGUUUAUCGGGCGUUGGCAACAACAGAAGUUUGCGAUGCAAGCUAACCACCAAGGAAGUGUGACUGUUGCUGGGGAGUGCCAACUUCCUGUGUGGCAAGAGGGCUCGUGCAAACCUCAAAGAUCAUGUGCUGAAUAUCUCCAAACUAAUACAGUAACCUAUUAUUAUUUGGCUCACAUAUAUUCAUUCAAGUGUCUCACAAGAUGUUAAAAUUUCACCUACGGCGUCUUUUGAAGUCAAGUCCAACAAAAGAUCAGUAACUAUUAAUGAAUAGUAACUACUUACUAUUGAGAAACUGUAACUACUUAGCACUGAUACGGAUACAGCAGACCAUUAGCGUUGGUAUGGCGGAUCAAUACUGUACAUACUGUAUGUACUGUAUCUGAUCAUUCAUUGUCUAAAACCGUCAAAUUGAGUUUAAAUGUGAUCGUUUCAGCAAGAAUUGUCAGUAGAUGAUGUCAUCCUGACACUUGAUUAAGUACACCAGCAUUAAUGACAAACAUAAUUAUUGUUUUCAAAUGUUAUGUGCAGAAAAAAACCUCUUCAGCCAAUUUACUUUUGACUUUGUGAGAAAAAGGCGUUUCUCAAAAGUUCAUUCAGUUUUGUGUUUCACUUCUGCUAACGUUGCAACAUUUCCCUGCCAAUAAUGACUACUGUUUUUAUUAUUCAUAUGUGUUCGUAGGGAAUAUAUUUAAUAAUAAUAAUAAUUGUUGACAUUGUUAUUAUUAUGUUGCACAUUUUUUAAACUCCGCUGCAAUAGCUCUUUCUAAUAUGUGGGCCCUGAUAUGCAGUGCAGUUUAUUAAACAUUUAAUAAACUCUUUUUUUAUUUGUGUUUUUUCAAAUAAAUUAAUAUUUUUAAAAUAUUUAUUUGAUGUAAAAAUACAAAAUAAACAUAUUGGGGGUUUUUUGUUUAAAAAAAAAGUAUUUGUAUUGUAAUGUUUCUUCU